GGGCCGGGCGGGGGACCUGGAGCUGAGAUGCGGACGGGGCCGCGGCGGUGACCGGAGCUGCCGCCCGACAUGAACUCGCUGGAGCAGGCAGAAGAUCUUAAAGCUUUCGAGAGGAGACUCACUGAAUAUAUUCAUUGCUUGCAACCUGCCACUGGACGUUGGAGAAUGCUUCUUAUAGUGGUAUCUGUAUGUACAGCUACUGGUGCCUGGAACUGGUUAAUAGAUCCUGAAACACAAAAGGUGUCCUUCUUCACCUCAUUAUGGAAUCAUCCAUUUUUCACCAUUAGCUGUAUCACUCUCAUUGGCUUGUUCUUUGCUGGAAUACACAAGAGAGUUGUCGCACCAUCAAUUAUAGCUGCUCGAUGUCGAACUGUAUUAGCAGAGUACAACAUGUCUUGUGAUGAUACAGGAAAACUGAUUCUGAAACCUAGGCCUCAUGUUCAAUGACAAUCUGCACUCAUUGUGGGACCUAAAGCAGCCUUUCUUCAAAUUCAGUUAUACAGCAAAUAAAGCCAUAAAGGAUUUCUUUCACAGUUGGAUAUGUAAAGGUCAUCGUAACAAUUGACAAGAAGUGUGCAAUAUUUACCCAGAUUAUCCUGAUGUCUACUUGCAUUGUCAGUGCUUCGGUACCUUUGAUGAUCUGUGUUUCAGUAUUAGUGUCACUUUAGUACUUCGGAUCUGCAAAGAUCUUUGCAGGUGAAGUAUGUAUGUAUGUAUGUUACUAAGUUAAACUUAGACACAAAACCUCAUCCACUUUUUAUAAUGUAUUUUUGCAAACUACUGUAAAUAGCAAAUCAAUGCCAAUGGUAAAGAGGAAAAUGUUCUGUGGAUUGUUCUCCUGUGCCAGUAUUUCAGGAACAUCUUGCAUUUCCACAGCUCUUUCAAACCAGCUCUGUGUAGCUGUGCCUUCAUCUCACACUCCCCUUUUGAUCACAAUGCAGGAAGAACAUCAGACAGCACGGACUGAUGAAAACUCAUCUCCAUUAUGUUUUAAGAAAGUAUAGAUGUUUAGAGGAAGAAUUUUUGUUAAACCAGAUAGUGAGCUUCAACCACUGUUGUGGUAUUUUCCAGUUCAUUUGUUUUCAUUUAAUGCUAAAUAUACUUUAUAUUUUUUUUUAACAAUGUUAAGGUUACUCCAAAGGCUUCUGAAGAAUAUACAGGCUUAGUUAUAAACGGUGUGUUGUCAGGGAUCUAGAGCCCUUGUUUCAGACCGUUGGAUUUGAUGCUGUGGUAGACAGGCAGGGGUGCUCUUGUCACAUGGGUAUCUGCUGCCUGCCUGCAUCACAAGGGAACUUGGGAGCCACAAACCAGUCCACAGGUGUCACUGUUUAUAGUGUUAAUGACAUACUGUGUAUGCAUAUUAGCCACGUGUACUAUAAGAGCCCUUAAAGUGAAACUAUUGGGAUUGCUGUAAAUAUUUUAAAGAACUGGAGGUGCCUUUUACCUGUUCAUUAGAUUUUGAAAAAGGCUUAAAUUAUUUCAUGAACAGCCUUUUAAAUUUUAAUUAAGUAAUUCAAAGCAAAUUUUCACCAGGACAGCUACUCUCUAACUGAAAUGUGUUCAUUUUGGCUUUCACAUGUAUAAAAUUUUAUUCUUUGAACUGCAGCAAUAAAACCCUCUGCUCCUAAGAAGUCUUACGAGGGUACUCUAUAUAUUCUGCAAUGUUUUAUUUUCUGUAAAUUUUGUAGGUAAAUAUGUGCAUAAAAAUAAAUACUUUAUAUAUAA